CCUCCUCCUCGCCGCGGGUCCUUCCCUCGCGCAGAGGGAACAGCGCGCGGAGCGGAAGCGGGGAUGGCGUCGCUCGGUGCGGGGCAGCAUUUCAGCCGCAAGCGGGGAGCAGGCAGGAGCUCGGCGGUGGAGAGGAGGAACCUGCUGACGGUGUCCAGGUUCUCAGUGAAGACUCUGCUGGACCGCUCCUGUUUUGAGACGAUAGACGACUCGUCUCCAGAGUUCAUUAACUUUGUUUCCAUCCUGGAGCACAUCCUCAGUCAUCUCCUCAAAGGUCACAUGACUUGGUUUGGCUACGAGAGUCCCCGGAGUUUCUGGGAUUACAUAAAGGCCGCCUGCAGUAAAGUACCUCACAACUGCAUCCGCAGCAUUGAGAGCAUGGAAAAUGUGCGAUCAUCGAGAGCGAAGGGAAGGGCGUGGAUCAGAGUGGUCCUGAUGGAGAAACGGCUCUCAGAGUACAUCUCAUUUGCGCUGAAGGACUUCAAAACCGCCAGGAGGUUUUACGAGGAAGGAGCGAUCAUGCUGGGAGAGGAGGCGGGCCUGUUGGCCGACACGCUCAUUGGACUCAACACCAUCGACUUCAGCUUCUGUCUCAAAGGCGAGGGUCUGGACGGCAGCUGCCCUGCUGUGAUCGAUUACACACCUUACCUGAAGUUCAUCCAGAGCACAGACAGCAUCAGCAGCGACGAGGAGGAGAUGAGGACUCUGGGGAGCAGCGGCAGUGAGGGCAGCACGCCCGAGAAAACGGCCACGGCCGCGUCAAUCUUCACCGAGCAGAGCAACUUGGUCAGCAAGUUCAAACGCUUCGAGCAGAAGUAUCGCAUGGCUCUGGAGCAAAAGGGUUACCUGGAAGAGCUUGUCCGUCUACGAGAAGCCCAGCUGUCGGAGGCCGUGUCUCAUAACAAAGCCCUUCAGCAGAGCCUGGCAGACGUGCACCUCACCCACACGCUGGAGAAACAACAGCUCGAGUUCAUCAUCCUGGAACUGCAGAACCAACUGACUGUGCUGAAGAACAACGAUCUGAGGUCCAGACAGGAGUUAACAGCCCAUCUGACCAAUCAGUGGCCGUCUCCGGCAGCCUUGGACGGCAAUGCUGUUGCCUUGGAUACGCUGAUGUACAGGAAGAGCACGGGGCAGUGGGAAGAGAAGAGUUUCCAGAGUCUGGAGCAGCUGUCCACAGACAUGAGCCUCUCUCAGGCGUCUCUCGGACCUUCGAACACGUUGCCUCUGGAGUCCAGGCUGGCCAGCACACAGUGGCCUCACCAAGGUAAGGAGGAAACUCCAUCACUCAGGGGUCUGUGUGGCUCCCUGACCUCGGUGACCAGCUACAAGUCUCUGGCCAGCCUGAAGUCAAGCGAGUGUUUAGCCAGUCCGGCGACAGAGAUCAGCAGUCCAGGGGUCACUCCUUCAUAGAGGACGAGGAGCUAUCCAGGAACUCUUUGUUUGUAAAGCUGAUUUUCUCUGAUAUGUCCUGAAUGUGGAGCCCAGAGCCUGACGAGAUGUCGGCGAGUUGUGGAGCAGCUUCGUCUGACUGAAUAACGUCCCGGCUGACACUGAAGAUCUAUAAACGAAACCUUAUGGGUGAAAAAUAUUUUGCUGUGUUUGUAAAGUUUUGCAUUAUUUACGUCCUGCCUUAUAAAUUAAAAUGGGUAGAUCAGAUUUUUUUUUUUUUUACGUGGGGUUGUUGAAAGCUUACAAACCUCAAUUCCUUCCUUGUUGCAGACAUCUCUCUGAAAGUAAAACCUCAGUUUGGAGAAAGUUUAACU